AUGUCGGGGGACGCUGUUUUAAAAGGAGCUGGGGUAGCUCCUGCUGGAUCUGCUAAGGAACCUGCCGAGAAAAGCUCAAAAUUUAAGGGAGAGAAACAGAUCGCAGACUAUGGCACUUUUGGCCAGAUCUUGUACCACCUGGUAUCUUUCACUGAGGGUUACGAGCAGCAGGUGUUGUACAUGUGCAUGAGGGCCUUUGAGUCGACCUUGGGCUUCUCCAAGCGGCAGCUGACGAUGUUGAUGACUGUGUCCAUCAUGUCGCGCCUGUGCUGCUCACUGGUUUGGGGACUGCUGGCGGACGCCUUUGAGACCAACCUGGUGUUGGCUGCCGGGUUAUUGUUCAUGGGCAUCGCCUCGAUUUUGCUCAGCUGGACGUCGCACUACUCGGCGAUCCUCUUCCUGCGCUUCUUGCACGGCGCCGCGUUUGGCUGUGUAUACCCAGUUCAACAAAAAAUAAUCUCGGAUUCAGAUGAUGAUAAUAAUUCGAACAGCAGCAGCACGUUCACUCGUCUUCAUGCUCUGAAUACCAUUGGCCGUAUGCUGUGCGCCGUCUUGACUACAGAGGCUGCUCAGAACAUCUUGCUGGGAUAUAUUGGCUGGCGUGUCUCGUACAUCGUGUUGGGAUACGUAUGGAUCUCAAUUGGUAUUGCAAUUAUAUUUGCAAUCCAUACUAAGCCGGAACACACCUCUCCUUAUGACUCAAUACAGGAAUUUGCGAGCCGAGUAGCUGGUGCCUUUCAAGCGGUUUUUACGUCGUGGUCAGCGUUUCUAUCUAUAUUCACGAUGCUGAUCGCGGAGGCUCCGAUGUGUACGCUUCCGUACAUGAUCACGUACCUGGAGUACUUGGGUGUAUCUGACCUGAAGGUGGGCGUUGCCAUCGUGGUCACGACGAUCGGCGGCGCAGCAGGAACUGCGGCUGGAGGAAUAGUUAUUGACAAGAUUACAAGUACUCAUAAGGACUAUGGCGAGCUGAUUGCCGGAAUCGUCGUGAUGGGCGUACGGCUAAUCGUCUGUCUCUUGUUCUUCAUGUCCCCGGCGCCGGACGGACGUUUGCUGUGGUAUCACUACAUAGAAUUUGCGAUUCUCGGUGCAACCUUAGUUACCGUCGGCGGCGUGGAUAGACCAAUUAUGAAGAAAGCAAUCGAAGACAAGUAUCAGGCCACGGCCUCCGCCAUAAUCCAGUGCAUAUCCGGCAUCUCGAUUAGCGUCAGUUUCGUCGAGAUUUUCGCGUGGGUGUCAGAGAAGCUGCACGGUUAUGUACCAUCCAAGCAACCACUCGAAGCCAUGGAUGAGGGCAUCAAAGAUAGAAACACCGAGGCCCUGAGGAGGUCGACCAUGUACAUCAUCGUGAUAGGCUCACUGCUCAACAUCGCCUGCUAUGGCGCGCUGUUUGGCACAUACGAGAAGGAUAAGGUAAAAAUUGAGGAAAAAAAUGUGGAGGAAAGGAAGAAGAGGGAAGAAAGGGUCUUUAGUGAGAAAACGAAAGGAGAAAAGGCAAUAGACUCGUUGCCACCCGAUCCACCACGCGAUGUGGCAGACUUAGAGACAGGGGACAGAAGCAGGGACGGGGGAGAUGAGCUUGUUACACUAGAAUCGAUGACAGCAAUGUUGAAGGAGGGACCAGGUUUUCGUAAGUGA